GUAAAUCUCCUUAUCCUUGUUGGAAACUCGAGCCCAAAACGCGGUUCUUUGGGCGAAGAUGACUUGCUGUUGUGGGAAUCGUCGUCGGGGUGCGAUCACCAGCGUCCACCCCUUUACGAAAGCCGUGUCUGCCUAAACCAUAAGGAAACUGUGCACUUUGAAGUUGCUAUGGAGCCAACUUUGCUGUCACGUGAAACCGUUCCGAGUUCUUCCAGCAGUUCGAAGUCAGACCGUUCAUGAACCUCUUGGGCAUCACCUCGAGUUGAGCAUCAGGCACCCCUAAACCUCUUCCCUCCCUCUCCCCCUAUCGGUCGUAUUUCGCAAUGUCUCUCGCGACUAUUGGCAGGAGGUCACUCUUGCACUCGCAGAAGAAUGUGUUGGCCCCGCUUGUGGCCCCAUUCCAUACCACUACGAUGGCUCAACUCGCCACCCCGGCCCCCGACCCAGUGCAGAAGCAACCUCUCAUCAAGACCUUCAACAUUUACCGUUGGUCUCCCGAUAAGCCCGCUGAGAAGCCCCGUCUUGAGAAGUACCAGAUUGAUCUCAACCAGUGCGGACCUAUGGUGUUGGACGCACUGAUCAAAAUCAAAAACGAAAUCGACCCUACGCUUACUUUCCGUCGAUCCUGCCGUGAGGGCAUCUGUGGAUCUUGUUCAAUGAAUAUCAACGGUGGAAACACUCUGGCAUGCCUAAGCCGUAUCGACCGGAAUCCAUCUUCCGAUGUCAAAAUCUAUCCCUUACCUCACACUUACGUCGUAAAAGACUUGGUACCUGACCUUACGCAAAUUUACAAACAGUACAAGUCGAUUGAACCAUACAUGAAGCAAAAGACGGCCGCUCCUGAGCGCGAAAAUAUUCAGUCCAUUGCGGACCGUAAGAAGCUGGAUGGAUUGUAUGAGUGUAUCUUAUGCUUUUGUUGUUCUACUUCGUGCCCAAGUUACUGGUGGAACAGCGACAAGUACCUUGGCCCGGCAGUCUUGAUGCAGGCGUAUCGGUGGAUGAUUGACUCGCGUGAUCAUUUUGGUGUCGAGCGGCGGGAGGCUUUGCAGGACCCUUUCUCUGUGUACCGUUGCCACACAAUCAUGAACUGCGCCCGCACAUGCCCUAAGGGGUUGAACCCUGGUUUGGCAAUUGCUGAGAUCAAGAAACAAAUGGCCCUUGACGGAUAGUUUACGGUCGGGAUUGGACAAACUACGUGAAAAUAUACCGCUGGCUUGUAGUGUAUGUGAAUUUGAUCCGAGUAGUAUGGCUGCCGUGAUAUAAAGAUCCCAAAGAGUGCAAUGCAUAUCUUAUUGUAGCAUGUCGACAUGAUUGAACCUUUAGAUCCUUAUUAUGCAAUUGGCCU